GAAUUCUAUCUGAUUUUCCAUCGUUUUGUUUUUAUUUGGUAUUUGAUGUGUUUCGUCGAAGAAAUCAACAGAAAUGUUACUUAGAAUAAUGUUUGUGGGAACAAUACUCGUAGAAUUAAUAUACAUUUUUCUAAUUGGACAAUGUGAAGCGAAUCCAGAUGCUAAACGUCUUUACGAUGAUUUGCUUAGUAAUUACAAUCGGCUUAUUCGGCCAGUUGGUAAUAAUUCAGAUCGUUUAACUGUUAAAAUGGGUUUACGAUUAUCACAACUUAUUGAUGUGAAUUUGAAGAAUCAGAUUAUGACUACAAAUGUUUGGGUAGAACAGGAGUGGAAUGAUUAUAAACUAAAAUGGAAUCCUGAUGAUUAUGGGGGUGUGGAAACACUUCAUGUUCCUUCAGAACACAUUUGGUUACCUGAUAUUGUCUUAUACAACAAUGCUGAUGGAAAUUACGAAGUAACAAUUAUGACCAAAGCAAUUUUACAUCAUACGGGAAAAGUAAUUUGGAAACCUCCAGCCAUUUACAAAUCAUUUUGUGAAAUUGAUGUCGAAUAUUUUCCAUUCGAUGAACAAACGUGUUUUAUGAAAUUUGGAUCUUGGACCUAUGAUGGUUAUAUGGUGGAUUUGCGGCAUCUAUCACAGAUACCCGAUUCAGAUCAUAUAGAUGUGGGAAUCGAUUUACAAGAUUAUUACAUAUCAGUUGAAUGGGAUAUAAUGAAAGUGCCAGCUGUACGGAAUGAGAAAUUUUACAGUUGUUGUGAAGAACCAUAUCCUGAUAUAAUUUUUAACAUAACUUUACGCCGUAAAACAUUAUUUUAUACCGUUAAUUUAAUUAUACCAUGUGUUGGUAUUUCAUUUUUAUCCGUAUUAGUAUUCUAUUUACCCUCUGAUUCCGGUGAAAAAGUCUCAUUAUGUAUUUCAAUUUUACUGUCAUUGACUGUGUUCUUCUUGUUAUUAGCUGAAAUUAUCCCACCCACAUCAUUAACUGUCCCAUUAUUGGGUAAAUACCUAUUGUUUACUAUGGUUUUAGUUACAUUGUCUGUUGUCGUUACAAUUGCUGUCUUAAAUGUUAACUUCCGUUCGCCCGUGACACAUAAACUGGCGCCAUGGGUUCGAUAUGUUUUCAUAGAUAUUCUACCAAAGUUUUUAUUCAUCGAACGACCGAAAAAAGAGGGUGAAGAAGAACAGAAAGAACAAGAAGGUGUACUGACGGACGUCAUUCCAAUGGGGCUAUCACAAUUUAAAGGUUAUGAUUCGUAUGAUUUAACACCGUCAAGAUUUGAUGUUGCCGCUGCAGGAGGUCUAGGCCCGUGUUUUGGCGAACCUCCAUUUCCAACGUUACCAUUGUCGGGAGCGGAUGAUGAAUUGUAUAGUCCAAGUUGUCGUACAACCACAAUGGAUGGUAUUAGUGAUGCAAGUCCUGUUUUUGAGAAAUUAGGUGUACAUGAAAUUGAGAAGACAAUCGAAGAUUCAAAAUUUAUUGCUCAACAUGUCAAAAAUAAGGAUUCAUUUGAAAAUGUCGAAGAAGAUUGGAAAUAUGUAGCAAUGGUUUUGGAUCGCCUAUUUUUAUGGAUAUUCACAUUAGCAUGUAUAUUUGGUACAGCCAUAAUUAUAUUUCAGGCGCCAUCAUUAUAUGACACAACAAAGCCUAUCGACAUAUUAUUUUCGAAAAUUGCCAAGAAAAAAUUGGCAUUAUUACGAAUGGCCACUGAUGAAUUGUGAAUAUCUUUACAAAAAUUAA